UCCACCCGGAAGAGCAGCCGAGGCCGGGAAGUUGAAGCGGUGCGCGGCCCGGUGUGCUCCGAGAGCGCCUGCCGGGCUGAGCCCACUGCUGCAGACCGACCCAAUUGAGCCUGCGCGUCCCCGCGGCCGGCGGCGCUCCAGCGGCACGCGCACGCCCCGCCCCCACCGGCGUCCUGGCGCGCGGGGCCGCGGUGAGGACCUGCCGCCCCGCCAGACCUCUCCGCGGCCCUCGGCCUUGGGAGCAGCGCGUCCUCGGCGACUUCUGACAGUGCGUGUCAGCCAUAACCUAGAUUCAAGAUGAAUAGUGAUCAAGUCGCACUGGUUGGUCAAGUGUUUGAGUCGUACGUUUCAGAGUACCAUAAGAAUGAUAUUCUUCUAAUCUUGAAGGAAAGAGAUGAAGAUGCUCAUUACCCAGUUGUGGUUAAUGCCAUGACCCUUUUAGAGACCAACAUGGAAAUUGGGGAAUACUUCAACGUGUUCCCCAAUGAAGUACUUACUAUUUUUGAUAGUGCACUGCGAAGGUCAGCCUUGACGAUUCUCCAGUCCCUUUCUCAGCCCGAGGGUGUUUCCAUGAAGCAGAAUCUUCAUGCCAGGAUAUCAGGUUUGCCUGUCUGUCCUGAGCUCGUGAGGGAGCACAUACCUAGAACCAAGGAUGUGGGACACUUUUUAUCUGUCACUGGGACAGUGAUUCGAACAAGUCUGGUGAAGGUCCUGGAGUUUGAGCGGGAUUACAUGUGUAACAAAUGCAAGCAUGUAUUUGUGGUCAAGGCUGACUUUGAGCAGUAUUAUACCUUCUGCCGACCAUCCUCGUGCCCCAGCUUGGAGAGCUGUGAUUCCUCUAAAUUCACUUGCCUUUCAGGCUUGUCUUCAUCUCCAACGAGGUGUAGGGAUUACCAGGAAAUCAAAAUUCAGGAACAGGUUCAAAGGCUAUCUGUUGGAAGUAUUCCACGAUCUAUGAAGGUUGUCCUGGAAGAUGACUUAGUAGACAGUUGCAAAUCUGGUGAUGACCUCACUAUUUAUGGGGUUGUAAUGCAGCGGUGGAAGCCCUUUCAGCAAGAUGUGCGCUGUGAAGUGGAGAUAGUCCUGAAAGCCAAUUAUAUACAAGUAAAUAAUGAGCAGUCCUCGGGGAUCCCCAUGGAUGAGGAGGUCCGAAAGGAAUUUGAAGAUUUUUGGGAAUGCUAUAAGAGUGAUCCCUUUUCAGGAAGGAAUGAAAUAUUGGCCAGCUUGUGCCCUCAAGUAUUUGGGAUGUAUCUAGUAAAGCUUGCUGUGGCCAUGGUGCUGGCUGGUGGGAUUCAAAGGACUGAUGCCACAGGAACACGGGUCAGAGGUGAAUCUCAUCUCUUAUUGGUUGGGGAUCCUGGCACAGGGAAAUCUCAAUUCCUGAAAUAUGCAGCAAAGAUUACACCAAGAUCUGUGCUGACCACAGGAAUUGGAUCUACGAGUGCAGGUCUAACGGUAACUGCUGUAAAAGACUCAGGAGAGUGGAAUUUGGAGGCUGGGGCACUAGUGCUUGCAGAUGCAGGCCUUUGCUGUAUUGAUGAGUUUAACAGCCUCAAAGAGCAUGACAGAACCAGUAUCCACGAAGCAAUGGAGCAACAAACCAUAAGUGUUGCUAAGGCUGGCCUCGUGUGCAAGCUGAACACAAGAACGACCAUCCUUGCAGCAACUAACCCCAAAGGCCAGUACGACCCCCACGAGUCUGUGUCCGUGAACAUCGCCCUCGGCAGCCCACUCUUAAGUCGAUUUGACCUGAUCCUGGUUUUACUUGAUACCAAGAAUGAAGACUGGGAUCGUAUAAUUUCCUCCUUUAUCUUGGAAAAUAAAGGUUACCCAAGCAAAUCAGAGAAGCUCUGGAGCAUGGAAAAGAUGAAAGCCUACUUCUGCCUCAUUAGGAAUCUACAGCCCUCACUGUCUGACGUGGGUAACCAAGUUCUUCUCCGGUACUACCAGAUGCAAAGACAGAGUGAUUCCCGGAACGCUGCCCGGACCACCAUCCGCCUGUUGGAAAGCUUGAUACGAUUAGCAGAAGCUCAUGCCCGUCUGAUGUUUCGUGACACUGUGACUCUGGAAGAUGCUAUUACAGUGGUGUCAGUAAUGGAGUCCUCAAUGCAGGGAGGUGCCCUGCUAGGAGGUGUGAAUGCUCUCCACACCUCCUUUCCUGAAAACCCCCGGGAGCAGUACCAGAGGCAGUGUGAACUUAUUCUGGAAAAGCUGGAGCUGCAGAGCCUCUUGAGUGAAGAGCUUAGAAGACUUGAAAGGUUACAGAAUCAGAGUGUGCACCAAUCUGAACCACGGGUAAUGGAGGCAGAGACUACUUUAGGACCCUCGAGAAAUGAUCCAGGGGAAGAAUCCAAUUUCAGAACCUCAGCAGAGCAGGAAAUGAAUUGUAGCAUGCGUCCCUCCUCUUCUGGAGGCAGUCCUGGGGCAGGCCCGCUUCUAGACCCCCCACCCCUUCUGGGGCCUAAAAGAUCAACAAGGAAAAAACAUUCAGCUGAGCACAAAAAUAGCAGAGAUGACAGUUUGGACUGGUUUGACUUUAUGGCAGCUCAUCACACUGAACCUAAAAACACUGUUCUUGUGUCUCCUGGUCCCAAAACAACUGAGGAAAAUACGGCUUUAAAGAUCUCUAACAACAAAUCUCAGGGUAAGGGAAAGAGUGAACCAGGCCAAAGGAGCAAAGUGGAAGCUGGGCAACUUCCAUCACCAGUAGAGACAGAUGCUCCGUGGAGGCCAGACAGUGUGGAGGGUAAAAAGGCAAAGUGGACAGCACCAACGUCAGAAGCAGCAGCACCUGCUGGUGAACCAGACUCGGUACUAACUCAUCAUGCCCCUAGGGGACUGAAUAAGCUGUGCAGGGAGAGGGCCCAGAAGUUGUACAGAAAUGCCACCAGGGCACCCUCACAGUCCACAGUCCCUUCUCAUCCUCAGUCCAUUCCUGUACGUAGCCCAGAAAGAACACUGGAAACUCCCAAAAGAAAGAGACUGAAAUCUCUUGCUCAAGAAGAACUUGACCUUAGAAGUGUUGAGACUCCAGUUCCUCCUGUGGCCAAACUGGCAAAAUUUACUUUCAAACAGAAGUCAAAACUGAUCCACUCCCCUGAAGACCACAGCCAUGCGUCUCCUGGCACAACGGAAAUAGCAGUUCAUAGUCCUAAAAUUUCCCAGCAUAGAACAAGAAGAGAAGCAGUUCUUCCUGUGAAUGGUUCAGAAAAGUUGACAUCUGCUUCAGGAAAAAGAGGCUCAGAUCAUCCACGGGGUAAGACAAAGGAGGUGUCACAGCAGCCACCAGAGAAAGCUGGGUCAAUAGAGAAGAGGGACUGCGCCCCUGAGAAGAGAGCUAUUCAGCAUGGAUCGGAGCUUGGAAACCAGACUGGGCGCGCUCGUCUUACUUGCGAGGGAGACAAAAAGGAAGAGGUUUCAUGCAAUUUUAAAAGCAGCAAAGUUCAUGCUUGCACAUUAGCCAAAUUGGCAAACUUCUCCUUUAGUUCCCCGUCAGAAUCCAAAUCAGAAUCCCCUCCUCCUCCUGAAAGGAAGAACUGCAGUGAGAGAGGUCCAAGCCCUCCUCCCACAACCACAGCUCCGGCGCUUGGCAGUAAGAGGAAAUCUUUUCAGCUCCAGGGGUCCACCGAGAAAGCGAUUCUUUCCAAAACUCUCUUCACUUUAUCAGAACUAGAUGAUGAAACAUUAGAUUUUGACUGGGAUGAAGAGAUGAGAAAAACGCCAUAAUUAUGAAAAGCUUUCUGAUCAAAUUUCACCUUUCACAACUCAGCGCAGCACCUCAGGGUAUCAAUGUCAGAGUUACCAAUGUACAGAACUGUUGGCCGUAUUGAGUACCAUUCUAAACACCAGCUCCCCAUCAGGUUUGCUAAUUUCAGGUUCAGCUUCAUGACUUGCUCGGCUUAGGUCAGUGUUAUACCAGCACUUGAGUUGAAUUAAUAGAUCUUAUGCUUAAUUUUGCGAAUGGACUACUUAUAUUCCCAAAGAUGCUUCCGUUUUUUUUAUUUGUUUUUUAAGGAAGAGAGGGUCUUCCCUAGAUCCCUUCUUUCAUUCACUCAGGAACAAAUGCCAGGAAGAAAGCACUCAUAAAUCUAACAAGGCAGAUGAAUUCUUGUUAUUUUUGUCUUUGUAUUUUCACCUGAAAUGUGCUAAGUACAAUGAAUAUUUAUUAUCAUUUGGGGUGAUUUGCCAAAAUCAUGUGGUUUUUCUAAUAUUAUUUUUGUAUUUAUUUGCAUACAUCAGACUAAAUGUGACUUAAGCUUUUCUUUCUUUGAGAGACAUCCUUCCAGUUCCAUGGUAUUCCCAAAGAUCUGGCAACUGGUCAAAUAGUAGCUUUCUAAAGUACUGAUCUUUUGAGUUUUCCUUUCUCUCUUGAGCCAACAUUUUGUGCUUCAGCUUCUUUUUUUCUCUUGGGGACCUACCUUCAACACAACUCCAAUCCCAUAGUUAGAAGAAGAAUGUGCAGUAGUCUCAACCGUACAUCAUGUCUCAUCUACCCAGGUGGAUAAUAUACAAAUAUGAUUCCUACUAGGUUAUGAUUCAUUUGUCUUUAAAUCCAAGCAAAUCAUGUACUGUGUUUGAUAAUAAUAGAUAACUCAAGCUUGUCUUUCUGUGUGCUUUUAAAAUCACUUACUCCUUUGGAUUCUAGCAAGGGUUGUUAGGAUUUCAUAAUUACAGACUUUCUCUUCUGAAGUA